AAUGUUGCGUAAUCUAUGAACUUGGCAUGCGAUAAUUUAGAGUUCAAAAUGCGCGGAGUAAUUUGUGACGUCGACUCUUGUCUAGACUGCCCUGUUCGAGGUUUAAAUGGUGCUUCUGAGUGAUAUGACUAAAGAUUUCAUGUUCCUAGGAAUUUGCAAUCUACUUACAAAAGAAAAUUAAGUUUACGUUCGGAGCCUUGCUUCGUGGACUGGCCUUCGUCUCAAAAAUGGCAUUGUGAAUCAAAGCUUAAGAAUUGAACGAGAGAAUUAAACCAUGAAUAAAAUCGACAGGAAAAAAAUACAGAGAAACUGGACAUAUCUAAAGGAAAACAUAGAUGUCAAACACACAAGUUUUCUUGACAAAUUGUUUGAGUCAAUUUUUAAAGAGGAUGAUUUUGAAAGAGUGAAUGAAGAACACACCAGUGGAGAUAAAGUUGAUAGGUGUUUACGAAUACUCUUUACCAAAACAGAGGGUUACGACUGGUUUUGCAAAGCUUUAGAGGCCAGUGAGCAUGACUUUGUCCUCGAAAAACUGCAGGAAACAAAAAUCGAUGAAAAAGAAAUACAGGAAGAGGAAGAAAGGACUGUUCAGACUGUGAGAGAAAUUUUGCAUGCUUAUUACGCCCGAACAGAUCACUCUUCUUUCGCACUGAAAGAAGAAAUAGAAGAUGACGUGAAAUACGAAUUUAGCCAGCGGCAACAUAUUUGGGAUGCAUCUUGGACUCUUCUAAGCAAAGUGUUAAUGGAAGAGUUUCCAGAUAUAAUUUACAAACGGAAGAGAAGAAAAGAAAUGGUGCGUGGAAUUAAGAGGAAAUCAGAUUUCACCAGCGGCGAAGAAGACAUUGGGUCAGAAAAUGAAAAGGAGUGCCAGGCAAAGAAGCUCAACUUGGACAAGCCGUCCGAUGCAAAGAGAAGUGAAAAAGAUCCCACAUCAUCAUUGCCCUUAAAAGAGAGAACUGCAAAUGGUAUACGUGCUAUUUUGAAUGCCAAGUUCGUUGAAAAAGGUAUUAAUCUAUCAAUAUUAGAUACCUUUGUGGAAGAGGAUGUAAAUGGUGAAGUCUUUUGUUCAUUUACUAUGGAAGAAACAUACCUAUUAUUUCCAAGAGAACUAUUUCCCAACCUAUCAUUUGGGCAAAGGAAACGCAUUAUCAAUAUUCGUGAUGAAAUAGUACAGGCAGAGGAAAAUGGUUUCACAUUCUCUGAACAUACUUUUAAAGACAGCAAAGAAGCAGUCUUUCAUGAAGCUGAAGUGAGUGAAAAUUCUGUUGCAGGAGGUUCCUCGAUUUCAGAUAAAUUUCGAGAAACCUUUCGAAAAUUUGGAUAUGCCACCAAAGAGAGAGACAGUUAUCUCUUUGACUCUAUUCUAACAUCAGAAAAUCAACUUACCAACAGCAUGUUGGAAACAGUGCACUAUUUCGUGUACGAAACAUUAGCUGAGGAUAUGGUUCCUGAAUGGAUAGCAAAUAUAUCUAUACCAUUUCUGUGUAGCUGUUUGAACGAACGUAUGAAUGGCACCAUUCAUUUUGGAGUGAAAGUGUUGCCAAAUGAAAACUUGUUAAAAGGAAAUGUUAUCGGAAUAUUUGCCAACAAACAGAAAAUAAAAAGAUCUCUCUAUAAAGCUGUUAGGGAUGCUUUCUUUGAAGAUGAUUUUGAAGUUGUGAAUCGAUGUAUGCAACCACCACAGUUUAUCCAUGUUACAUUGCCAGGGAAUGCAGAUAAAGUCCAAGUAUCAAAUAAAUUUGUCGUUGAAAUCGAUAUUAUUCCUUCUUCUAGUCUCGUGCAAGAAACAGCCUUCUUCUUGAGGAAUCAACCACCCCCAAAAACGCAAGGGCAAAAAAGAUAUUUGUACAGGUUUAAGAAAGGAACUGCUAUUCCCAUAGUUUUGACAGCGGAACAAGAACAUGCCUUUAUGAGUUCUAAAUCCAAAUUUACCCAGGAGCGUAGAAAACAGGAAGAAAAUAGAACCCAGACAACCCCAAAAUUUAAAGACUUACGCCAACAAUUUUUGAAUAUAUUUUCUGCUGGUAAUGAUGAACUUCUAGAAGAAAUUUAUCCAUUUUUGUUUUUGAGUCCAUUGGAAAGUGAUCUUGGAGAGGAAUACGUUGCAGAAAAUUUUGAAUUUUUACACGACAUUGAUCCCAGUGUAAUAUUUGAUUUUGAUUCCUGCAGCGAAGGGAAAGGUAUGUUUCACUUUGUUGAAGACGACCAAGAAAAAAUUUUCAAAGUUCUGACAACAGAUACCUUUGAUAAAAACAGUGAAGAGAAUAUGGGUAAGGAUUGCUUGAGCAAUGCAUUGGAAGACUUACGGACGUCAGUCAUCAAACCUUGGGUAUUCUGCAACGGGUACCAACCCAUUAGAAAAGACCCCUUCAAAAAAUUAGCCUGGAAGCAAAAUAGGAGCAAUGGAUUUAAGGAGGCAAUUCGUUUCUUUUAUGGUGAAGUACCCGAAGAUCGCGCUAUUGUUGUGUUUCUGCUAUUCUCGAAAAACUAUGACAUCAUGCUGGACGCAGCUGAUGAGGUUUUAUCAAAAUUCCGCGAUCAAUGGAUUCUUCUCGCAACAAACGAAUCAAUUGCUAAUCACUGGAAGCAAAAUUUAUUGGAAAGAGAAAGCGUAGACAGAACUACUUUGGAUGAAAGAUGCAUUAUAGGGAUGUCAUGGAAACAUGUCAAUGAAAUGAUUAAAAAAGUUAUGAGAACCAAAGCAACAGCUGCCAGUGAAUUACCCACUUCUAGUGGUGCUUUCUGUCGUCUGAAAGAAAAAACAAGAAACGAGUUAUUUGAUCUUGAAAUUCUAAGUGCAAAUGAAUGUGAUAAUGACCUGAACAUUCCUAAGGACAAUAUAGAACAACACAGAAAAAGUGUCGAAGAAGCAUUUUUUAGGGGAGGUGUAGUGCAGUGGUGGAACUUGUGGUUCGAAGAAGAUCACGUUUUGAAACGCAACAUGCACAAGCGCUUAGUUGAUGAAAUGAAUAAAGUAUGUGAGGGAAAUGAAAUGGAUGAUGAUAGUAAAGUGGGAAUUGUUCGCUUAGUUCAUCAGCCGGGUGCAGGUGGUACUACAUCUGCAAAACAAGUGCUGUGGGAUAUGCGGAGAAAAUAUCGAUGCGCAGUGGUCCAACGAAUUACAGAGCAAACAUGUGACCAGAUUGAGAAGUUAAGGUACUAUGAAGAAUCAGAAAAUCCAAAACCACCAAUCAUUCUCAUAGACAACGAGGACGAGGAGAAAAUGGCAACUCUAUUUGCUCAUUUAGAAAAUAGGGCGCGAAUCCUCUCCAGAAGAAGUGAAAUACCAUGCAAAGUUUACUGUGUAUUUCUUGUAUGCUUUCGAAGGGCAAAUCUUCCGAAAAGCUUGCUUGAUCAUACGUUUCAAUUACGUCAUGAGCUGAAUCAACAAGAACUUAAAUGGUUUCAACGGAAACAUGAACAUCUCCAAGAAAAAUUUGAAGCAGAAGGUGGAACAAAUCCAAUGUUACUCAUCUCAUUCAACAUGUUGAAAGAAAAUUUCAACAAAGAUUACAUCAAACGGACAGUUCAAGAAUUCGUUGAUGAUAUAAAAAACGACCAAGAACAAAAUCUGUUGUGUUUUCUUUCUCUGAUGAAUACUUUUGAUCUGGAUUUUCAGUCUGUACCAAUAAGUGCGUUUGAUCCACUUAUGACUAAUUUCAAAAACAUUAGGAAAAUAACUUUUGGUUCAGUAACGCAACAACGACGGGGAUUCCGAAAAACUUCUUGGGAAGCCAAUCUAAAUUCAUCCUUGCUUGUACUUGUAAAUAGAAGUGCCAGAUUGGAUUGUGGAAGUAAGCUCAAAGGCUUUUGCAUCAUCAAUCAACUAUUCGCGAGCGAAAUCUUUAUGUACAUAGCAUCAAAGAAACGCAUGGCAACAAGUGAAAUGAUGAUAUAUUUUCUAAACUCAGCAGUUUUCAAAGGGUUCAAUAGGUCUUAUGAAGUUCUGAAAAAGAUAAUAAAGGACAUAAUGAAGAGACGCGAAGUGUUAGCUACAGGAAGGAAGGAAAAUUUUUCACCUUUAGUAAUGGCAGUAAUAAAUAAAGAAGGCACAGACAAUGCUGGCAAGAUCUUAGAAAUGGGAUUUGAAAUGUUCGAUGAUGCAAUGAUUGCUCAACAGAUAGCACGUUUGUACAUGUAUUCUAAAAAUUGGGACCGUGCUGCGAAAAUUGCAACAAACAUGAAACCUGAGAACUCGUAUCUGUGGGAUACAUAUGGCCAAGUAUUUAAACGGCAGUUGACAAACAUGUACUUGGACACAUCUAAAGAAUUGUCAGAUCUGGAAGGGAAAGAUGCAGUGGACGCAAUUCAGUUGGGACUGAAGGCAAUACAAAAGUUUAACCAAGAACAAGAAAAAAGUGAAAGAGAACAUAGUGUCAAAUUGAAUGAUGCUGGGUAUUUUGCUGAAUUACGCACGGUGUUAAUUCUUCUUGAAAUUCUUCACUUUUGUCCUGGAACUAACAAGCAAGAUGACCUCAGGAAAUUUCUCAACGACAGCCGUUACAUGCCUUCUUUUUGUGAAAAUUUAUCAGAAGAAGCAGUAAACCGCAUCAAACAUUUUCAGUUUCGAACUAACACGGUGAUGCGCAUUAUUGAAGAACAGAGUUCACAAUUAAAGAGUGAUAUUAUGAGCAAUGCCACAGUGUGCAAACCUGAUUUUACACAACGAAAUUCUUUAGAUUACCUGAGGGAAAACUUGGAUAAAUAUUUUGGAGAAAAUUCAGAUAGCAUUCCUAAAUCAUUAUCCGCACACGACAGAGCAGAAUUCAUUCGCCGAAGAGUUCGAUGACUUGUUGGAAAUACCUUGACAACAGUCCUGAGAUUAAAGACAAAAGAUGAUGGUCCGUCAAUACUAAAGAAAGUAGAAGACUUGUUGUUAGAGAACUGUAAUUCAAAAUUUUGCACGGUAACGGAUGUGAGACAGCUGGUUGGUGUCUCUAUCGUAAAAAACCUCAACCAAGAAAACGCAGAUGAUGAAUAUAGAGAAUUGCUCAAAUGGAGUAAAACAGCGCUAGAAAUGACUGGGAAAACGGAAGAAAGGCCGUCUUUAGAAAUUUAUAUGUUUGUUGUUUUGUUACACUGGCCGACCACCCAAAGAUAUGAAAAAUUCGUCGACGAACUUUGUACCGUGAAACAGCUUCAGGAUGCCAUAAAGAAAUGGAAGAAUAUAUUUUUCCAGAUUUAUCCUAAGCAGCGUGAAGACAGCUUUUUACAUCGGAGGGAUACCACUUUUUUCUUCCUUGGUCAUGGGUCUGCAUUUGGGGAAGUAGUGUAUUACGAGGAUCUGCAUGAUAAAGGUGGAUCUCGGUAUUUUCGUGGGGAUUCAGUUUGGCGGAAACAAAAUGUCAGAGACAGACUUAAAAGAGUGCAGGGAAUCUUGAAGUCGCAUGGUCUAGAAGUUGUAAUUGACAUAAAAGGUCCACGAGGAAACACAGAAACAGUAGUUAUAACAACGUCACUUCCGGUCACUCAGAGACAUCUGUGGAAUAAGAAGGUGUACUUUUACGUGGGAUUCAGCUGGUCUGGCCCCAAAGCUUUUGAUGUUUCUUCAGAGGAGACACCGUCCUCUGAAUCAUCUAAAUCUGUCAAAUCUUCAAGUGGUUCAUCAGUCAAAGGCUACAAUAGUCUACACAAAUACCGUGAUGUCAGCACUCAUGAGAGUUUUCAGGAAAAGAUGCAAGAAUUCAAAAAUUCUCUUACAAAAAUUCAGCAGCUGAAGAAAUUGAAAAGUGUAACGCAAAGAGAGAAAGAGCUGAUGAUGACAGAAGACAGAAUCAAGAGUGAAAGAGAAGAUUUAAUGAAGAGAAGAGACGAGUUUCUGUCGGGGACAUUUUAUUCCUCAAUGUGUAGAAUAUAUAUAUAUAUAUAUAUAUAUAUAUAUAUAUAUAUACAGAGAGAGAGAGUAAAAUAUAACUCAUGAAAUGACAGUAAUAUUAUAAAAUUUAGUGACUGAGAUGUCAUGAAUGUAACUUUAUAGUACAAUUCUGUGUUGAUCUAGCAGUUAUGAAAAUUGAUAGGCACAGUAUCUUAUAAGUAUAAUAUAAGUAUGCUUAGUAUUCUUUGCACAUUAAGUUGAGAAUUUAACUUUAAUUUCAAUGUACUUGUAAGACGUUUUUCUCGUGUUUCCAUUACCUGAAUAUACAAAUAACACUUUUCAUUGAUGCUGUUAUUGUUCAUAGACUGAAAACCAGUUAUCUCCUUGAUAUGAUUUGGAGUUACAUGUAUGUUAUAUUCUAAUAUUUACAUUUGCCAAUGCACUUCCUUAUAUGACAGUACUAAUGAAAUUGAUGUUCAGUUUCGUGUGAAAUGAAUUUGGUCAUGUGAUCAGUUCGUUCUUGCGAAUGAAUACAAUCACCGCUUCAAAAGUCAGUUCCUGUAUUUUCACCUGGCUUCUUGCUUAUACAAUGCAGUAGGGGAUUUAGGACCCCCCCCCCAUCUCGCCACAAAUUUAUAUAAUAGAAAUAGUGUGAGUAAAAUUCCAGAUUGGCUAAGCAUUUUGGCUAAUUCUUGACUUUCACACACCCCCUUUCGUAAACCCUGGAUCCACCACUGCAAUGACAUCAUAACAGAAAUAAACGCAGUAGGAUAUUUAUACAGUUUAUUUUGUAAAUAAAAAAAAAUUUCAUCAAUUUAUGAAAGAAACAUUAAACAUAUAUCGUUCUGUUGUUUCAUUUUAUGCAGUUUUAAAUACAGUCUGCAACUUCUGCAUGGCGAUUUCAUAAAAUAAAGUUCUAUGAUAUUUGAAGCGAAAACAUGUAGGCAGAGUUAUAAGCCUACAUGUAUUUACUUCAUGAUGAUAAGUUAACCUGUUGUUUCCUGGCAACUUCCAUCACGGCUAUAACUCGGCAUGAUUAUACCUGCACUUGGUCUAAAUCUGUCCUACUAGCUGUCUUGAAUCGUCUCCUGCAUGGCUACAACCGCGAGUCCUAACGAUGAACAUACCGUUGUUUCUUUCCAAAAACCUGACUAAGACCUUAACGUUAACUUGACCCGUCAUAUCCACCAUCAAUUCUCUCAGAUCCUUUGAAUUUCUGUCGAAAUCUGUGAUCAACAAAUGCGUUUUCAACUAAGUAACCUAGACGGACGCCAGUUGCUCAAUCGCUGAUCGCGACCAAAUCACACCACGGAUGUAGUUUACUCCACUCUUGUCGUCAUUUCAAUUAACUUUACGCUCUAAAUUACCUUUAUUUUUACACAUGUUUCGUCUUUUUUUUUUUUUUUUUUUUUUUUUAGCAUUUUCAAUUAAAUAUCUAUAUCUUAUAUUCUCUUUGAUAUUGUUCCUAAUUUUUUAUUCGAUAAAACUCUUACGAACUAUAUUUUGCGUUCUACGAUCGUUAUUUUGGUCAUCUGCUACAUAAUCAUGGAAGCUCGAUAAGAAAACAAAUCAAAAUAGAAACGCCCUUCGGGUGUUAUAGGAUUUGAUCACGUGACCAACUUCAUGUCAUAUCCCAACAAUAUUCAAAAAUGAUAUCUUAUUUCUUAAUUAGCUCUUAUCCUUGGACGAAUUUGGCUCCACUUGUUUGGCACGCUGUAUUUAGAUCUAAAACUUCAUAGUUAUUUCGGAUUUCAAACAUUUCGGUUGAGCAUCAUUGAAGAGACAUUAUUUGUCGAAAUGCGCAUCUGGUGCAUCAAAAUUGGUACCGUAUAAGUUUUACAUUAUGACCCCUGGGUCGAGGCCUCUACUGGUGGACUGUUAGUCCCCGAGGGUCUCUACAGCCCAGUAGCUAAGUACUUCGUUACUAGCUUGAAAAUACAGAUGUAUAUUUAAUUGCUGUUAGAAAAUUUAGAAAUUCAUUUCAAAAUUAAGGAUUAUCUCCCUCAUGCAUAGCUCUUAUCCUUGGACGAAUUUGGCUCCACUUGUUUGGCACGCUGUUUUUGGCUAUAUUUAGAUCGAAAACUUCAUAGUUAUUUCGGAUUUCAAACAUUUCGGUUGAGCAUCACUGAAGAGACAUUAUUUGUCGAAAUGCGCAUCUGGUGCAUCAAAAUUGGUACCGUAUAAGUUUUACAUUAUGACCCCUAGGUCGAGGCCUCUGCUGGUGCAUGGACUGUUAGUCCCCGUGGGUCUCUACAGCCCAGUAGCUAAGUACUUCGUUACUAGCUUGAAAAUACGGAUGUAUAUUUAAUUGCUGUUAGAAAAUUUAGAAAUUCAUUUCAAAAUUAAGGAUUAUCUCCCUCAUGCAUAGCUCUUAUCCUUGGACGAAUUUGGCUCCACUUGUUUUUGGCUAUAUUUAGAUCUAAAACUUCAUAGUUAUUUCGGAUUUCAAACAUUUCGGUUGAGCAUCACUGAAGAGACAUUAUUUGUCGAAAUGCGCAUCUGGUGCAUCAAAAUUGGUACCGUAUAAGUUUUACACACACACACACACACACACACACACACACACACAUAUAUGUAUUCAUUAUUUAAAAUUUGUAUUCACCUGAGGAUGGAUGUUAAAAUCCAGAAAGCGCUAGUGAUUUAAAUAUAUUUUGGAACUGU